AUGGACAAUAAAUCGACUUCCGAACCCAACCUUCGACCACCAUCACCGCCAGUCAAUUCCUCGGCCGAUGGGGCGACACGCGCGCGGCGUCCCCACGUUCGCGUCGGAGGGCGAGGACCGCGCCAUCCGCCUCGGCGUGGUCCUCGUCCUCUUCGCCUUCGCCUCCUUCUCCACCCUCGCCUUGUGCUGGAUGCGCCCCGCGCUGCAGCUGCGCGCCCGCACCCGGGAGGACAACUGCUCCGUGGCGAGGGUGGACGCCGGAGACGGCGGCACGACGGGACCCCCCGGGGAGCCGUGCGCCUUCUCGUGCGGCCCCGCGUAGUCGCGGCGACUCCCGCUACCCGUGCGUGCGCGUGUUCGCGCGCCUCGCGCACUCCUCCGGCAGGGUCGCGCUGCUCCACCAGGACCUGCUGCAGCUCUCGCUCAACCCCAGGGUGCGUGCCGGUGGACAAGUGCUCCUACGUGCCGCCUUCGUGCCACCGGGACCCGUCCGAGAACGCGCGAAACGUGAGCGGCUGGGCGGCGCGCUGGCGGCGCAGUCUGGAGCUCUCCGCUUCCUUCCCCUGCUACUUCGACGGGCAGCUCAGGCCAGACGAUGUCAUCCUGGAUCGAGACGACAGCCGGGCGGUCGUGUUCCACUGCGUUUUCUGGCCGUUUAUCAUCCUGCUCGUCGGCCUGCUCCUCAUCGGCCUGGCCACGUGCGCCAAGAGCUUGGCCGUGCGCGCAGAGGCCAUGCGCAAGUUCAAGAAGUUGCGGUGACUGCGACGAAGAGGGCAGUGGCGACGACGCCGAGGUUGAUGAGGGCACUCACGGCCGUGGCCGGGCCCUAACAAGCAGGAAUAUGCUGCACACAAAACGUUAAGAAUGAAUAAACCUAGCCGUGUAAUGUUGCUGGGACGGCUUGUUAAUUAAUUGUGCACGUAGAUGCUGCAUAACUCAAUAAUCGCAAUCUUUACAUUUAUGUGAGGCCGUACAAGUGGUUCAGAUAGCAGUUCAGUAAAGUGUAUUUUAAAGAAACACGCACACAAAAUGCAUCUAAGUUUAUCAAACAUAUAGGGAAAAAAGGCAUUUAAGUUUCUUUCGAAAAUGGAAGAAUCUCAGCGGUCAGGCGCAAUUCUUCAGCCAUUGUAUAAUACUGGUAGGAACCUCCUGGUUACACCAGCCCACAGGGGAUUAU